AACCCCGUAAACCAUUAAGAAGUUAGGGGGGCGUUUUCGGCUUCCAGUCAGGAAUAAUACUGGCUUCGUAGCAACUACCGAGGAGGAGGAUUCUAAAACCACCUCACCCGUCCCAAAGCCCGCAUCCCCCUCCUUCUGCCACACACCCCUCCCCCAAUUCAUGACCAAGAAAAGAAGAGACAGCCAGGGCACGCUCUGCUCCUCUCUGCGGGUGGGAAGCAGAGAGGCCUGAGGAGAGGCUUAGUUGGACGGUAGGCAUGAGUACAAUUAAGAGGUGGGCGCCUGUGCACGCUUUGCUGCCAGCGGGGACUGAAGUGGCCUGAAAGAGUUGUCCGGCAUUCCUGUUCUUCCCAAAGCGGCUUGGAGCCACCCUAACGGCCGCGGGACUGAAAGCAAACGUCGGGGAUUAUUAUGUCGAUUUCCCGAGAACCGGGGUUCGCAGCGCGGAACCGAAGAAAAGGCUAGCUCCUCGGAGGUCCCGCCGGCAUUUGAUACCCAGCGACGCCUAGGAUUGCCCAGAUCGCCUGCGGUGGAUCAGCAACUUUCCUCUACUCGCAUCCCAUAUUUUUAAAGAAAAAAUUUUCUGUUCGCCGCGUUGGUCUUUUACUGCCACCAAAACACUGAAGCAAAGACUUCAGUCUCGUCAUUCAAAGUAUGCUUUAUAUUUUUGCCAAAUAUGAUCUCUAAUUGAAAGUUUAUUUUUGGUUUUGGAUGAAUCUGUGGAACUUAUGUUGUAAGAAGAAAGGGGGAACGAGACACGAUGAAAGAGAAGUCCAAAAAUGCUGCCCGGACUAGGAGGGAGAAGGAAAACAGUGAAUUUUAUGAACUGGCUAAAUUACUGCCUUUACCCUCGGCUAUCACCUCGCAGCUGGACAAAGCAUCCAUAAUCAGGCUCACCACCAGCUAUCUCAAAAUGAGAGUAGUGUUCCCAGAAGGGCUCGGCGAAGCGUGGGGCCACUCGAGCAGGACCAGCCCCCUGGACAACGUAGGCCGCGAACUGGGCUCCCACCUGCUCCAGACCUUGGAUGGCUUCAUCUUUGUGGUGGCCCCAGAUGGGAAGAUCAUGUACAUCUCGGAGACAGCCUCAGUCCACCUGGGUCUUUCUCAGGUAGAGCUGACCGGGAACAGCAUUUACGAAUACAUCCACCCUGCGGACCACGACGAGAUGACGGCGGUGCUCACUGCCCACCAGCCCUACCACUCUCACUUCGUCCAGGAGUACGAGAUCGAGCGCUCCUUCUUCCUGAGGAUGAAGUGCGUCUUGGCCAAGAGGAACGCGGGCCUCACCUGCGGCGGCUACAAGGUCAUUCACUGCAGCGGCUACCUGAAGAUCCGCCAAUACAGCCUGGACAUGUCCCCCUUCGACGGCUGCUACCAGAACGUGGGCCUGGUGGCCGUGGGCCACUCGCUGCCUCCCAGCGCCGUCACGGAGAUCAAGCUGCACAGCAACAUGUUCAUGUUCCGCGCCAGCCUGGACAUGAAGCUCAUCUUCCUGGACUCCAGAGUGGCGGAGCUGACGGGGUACGAGCCUCAGGACCUGAUUGAGAAGACCCUGUACCACCACGUGCACGGCUGCGACACCUUCCACCUGCGCUGCGCCCACCACCUGCUGCUGGUAAAGGGGCAGGUGACCACCAAAUACUACCGGUUCCUGGCGAAGCACGGCGGCUGGGUGUGGGUGCAGAGCUAUGCGACCAUCGUGCACAACAGCCGCUCGUCCAGGCCGCACUGUAUCGUCAGCGUCAACUAUGUCCUCACAGACACGGAAUACAAAGGGCUGCAGCUCUCCCUGGAUCAGAUCUCAGCCUCCAAACCAGCCUUCUCCUAUGCAGGCAGCUCCACUCCUGCCAUGACUGACAGCAGAAAGGGGGCCAAGUCCAGGCUCUCCAGCUCAAAGUCAAAGUCCAGGACUUCCCCAUACCCUCAGUACUCGGGAUUUCCCGCGGAAAGAUCUGAAUCUGAUCACGACAGCCAGUGGGGCGGCAGUCCUCUGACAGACGCGGCCUCCCCGCAGCUGCUGGACCCCGCGGACCGGCCGGGCUCUCAGCACGACGCGUCGUGCGCCUACAGGCAGUUCUCGGAACGCGGCUCUCUCUGCUACGGCUUCGCACUCGACCCCUCCAGGCUGGUGGAGGAGAGGCAUUUCCACACCCAGGCCUGCGAGGGCGGCCGGUGUGAGGCAGGCAGGUACUUCCUGGGAGCGCCGCAGGCGGGGAGGGAGCCCUGGUGGGGCUCUCGCGCAGCCUUGCCCCUGACCAAGGCCUCCCCAGAAAGCAGAGAAGCCUAUGAGAGCAGCAUGCCUCACAUCGCCUCGGUCCACAGGAUCCACGGGCGAGGUCAUUGGGAUGAAGAUAGUGUGGUCAGUUCUCCAGACCCUGGGUCUGCCAGCGAAUCAGGUGACCGAUAUCGCACUGAGCAGUAUCAAAGUAGCCCACAUGAACCUAGCAAAAUCGAAACUCUGAUCAGAGCCACCCAGCAAAUGAUUAAAGAAGAAGAGAACAGGUUGCAGCUGAGGAAAGCCCCCCCAGACCAACUGGCUUCCAUUAAUGGAGCUGGGAAAAAACACUCCUUCUGUUUUGCAAACUACCAGCAGCCCCCAACGACAGGCGAAGUCUGCCACAGCUCCGCUCUUGCCAACACUUCACCAUGUGACCACAUCCAGCAGAGAGAGGGAAAGAUGCUGAGCCCCCGCGAAAAUGACUACGACAACAGUCCCACAGCACUGUCGCGGAUAAGUAGUCCCAAUUCAGAUCGCAUUUCCAAAUCCAGUUUGAUCCUAGCUAAAGACUAUCUACAUUCGGAUAUGUCUCCUCAUCAGACGGCAGGAGACCACCCUGCCGUCUCUCCAAACUGCUUUGGCUCUCACCGGCAGUAUUUUGAUAAGCAUGCUUACACAUUAACUGGAUACGCCCUGGAGCACUUAUAUGAUAGCGAAACUAUUAGAAACUAUUCCUUGGGCUGUAAUGGCUCACACUUUGAUGUAACUUCCCAUCUAAGGAUGCAGCCGGAUCCAGCACAAGGACACAAGGGAACAUCUGUUAUAAUAACCAAUGGAAGCUGAUGUCUUUUCUAAAAGAUUUUGUUCUUUAAGGAUCUCUGAAACAUAUUUAUCAUUUAAUGCCCCAUUACCAGCAUUUACAAUGCCACAGAUUGUUAGAGUGGAUAAUUUAAGGUACUGGGUAUUUGACAUGUGUUCUUGUGAAAUCAAAGAUAACAGCACUGGCAUUCAGGGUUAUACACAGGUAAUGGAGCUAAAGUGAAUACACAAAUUGCCCCUCUAUUUAUAUGGGAACCAGGAUAGAUAAAUUUUGAAUUGAAACAUACUUGUGUAGUAUUAAGUGAGCAUAUAUAUCACAUGAAAGCACCGAUGGAUGACAACAAUCAUUAUGAUGAUCCAGUGAACUUCAUACACACAGACCACUAUCCACAAACUGCUAUAUAUACUUUACCUAUGGAAAUAUAGACUAUAUAUCAUAAAUAUACCCCAAGUGGGUAAGUUUCCUUAACCCUAGUGCAUUAAGCAUCUUAAAGAAAUUUCCAUUCCCAAAAUAACUAAGAAAGAGAUAUAUCUUGUAAACUGGUUUCUUCUUUGUGGUUUCAACCAUCCAGCUCAUUUCAUUCAGGCAUAAAUUAGGGAAAUGGUUCUGGAUAUGAUACAAGAAUGAGUUUUCACCUGGCAUCCAUUAUAAGCAAUCAGGAAGUGGUGAUUUUUCACCUUACUUUUGAGUUAGACAAAGAACAGGAUCACACUGACAUAGCGGUAAGGGUUUUUCUAAGUAAAAACACUGAGAUAUUGGGACACAUAUCAAAAGCCUGGUGUGCCCAACUGGAAAUAGAUUAGUAGAGAUGGAAAGACCAGAGGCAGAGAAAAAUGAAAUGAUAUCUCAAAACAAACAAGUUCAGGGUCAGCAUAUGUAAUCAACAUAUUUGGGGCUUGUAAAGCUAACCAAAUAAAAAUUCAAACUAAUUCACCAAGAAAAAAAGGCUGAUAAGUGCAAAAAAAACACACACACACACACAAAAAACUAAGGGAAACCAGUGAAUGCUACAUGACAGCAGUGUGUUUGAACACAUUUCAAAGCACAGAUGUGCAAAUGUGACAUGUGGAAAGCCUCAGGAGAGAGUCUAAGAUAAAAGCCUAGGCUGACAGACAAGUGGUUAGAAGGAUACAAGUAGUACUCUGAAGGAACAGGCAAAGCGUUCAUUAUUCCAUAUUGUUUGUAAACAGCAAAAACAAACUUGGUCUCGAGUUCAUGUGAUACAGUAGAAAGACCAGCAGACUAGAUGCCGAGAUCUCUGAGUUCCAGUUUGACCCUGCCUGUAACUUAUUUUGGGAGCACAGAUGUAUCACUGACCACACCUGGGCCCCAAUUUAUUUAUCUGUAUGGCAGCUCUAAAGUUCCAAGGGUCUGUGGUUCGUUCUUGCAGCAGUACUGAACUUGUUAACCAGUUAUCUCUCUGCUGUGAGUUGUCAAAGCUCAUCAUUCUGGCUUACCUGCACUCAUACAGAGGUCUAGAUGCUUUGAAACUUAAGCAGGUGCAUGGGCUCUUUUAGGCAUAUUAUAGUUACAAUCAACUUUCUAGUUCAGCCGAGAUAUAGAUGGUAGAAACUGAUGAGGGAGAAGAAAAAUAAGUAAGAUUUAUUUAAUGCAUCAUUCUCUAGUAAUCAAAGCAAAGUGACAUAAGUGAUUAGAGAAAUUUUAUAGAAAGUAUUUCCUAGGAGUCCCAUGCCUGAAACUCUUGCCAUAUGGAAGGGGGGAGGGAGGUAUUAGAACUUACAUUUUGAAGACAGAACAUGACAUUGAACACUCAGGGAUUGGUAGUAUAUUUUCAUCAUUUAACACAGUUAUUUGGCAGUCCAGAGGCAGGUGACAAUCUGAAUGAUGGUAAUCUGAGAGAUGAAUAUGGUUGUUUGUAUGUGAGAAAGGAGGCUACAUAAAAUUAAAUAAAUAGCUCUUGGGUAUGACAGCAACGUUUGUGCUGUAAAUGAAAAAGGUGCACGUGAGUGAGAAAGUGGUUAUCAUAUAUACUUUCAAAAAUGUUAAAAGAACAAUAAAAACUAAAAUUUGAACCAUACAAGCAAAAGUAUUUAUGGAAAACCCUGGAGCACUUAAAAUGGAUUUUUGAUCAAUUGCAACAUGAAGUAAGGUUUUCUGAAUGCUAAAGUUUUUGCAGAAUUCUGUAGAUGGACAAAUGGUUCAAAGGCACAGAUAUCUCAAGAAUAUGGAGCAUUUUGGAAAGGAAAUCUACACAGAUGGGUUUUACUAAUGGAUACACAUUCUACCAAAAAU